UUUAGGGUUUAUAUUUCCAGGGCUAAGCUAUGGCCUUGGCGGUGGAGUGCUUCGUGGCGCCACAGCUCCACAAGACACCGAGGGCGUUGUGCUUCCACUCUAGGAUGCCGCAUUUUAGGAUUUCAUGCAAGAAGAGGCCUGUGGUUUUGGCAAUGGCAUUUGGAGCCUCGCAACCCGGCGAUCCAUUUGUAGAGACCUUAGCAGCAGCUGCUAGAACUCCACUUGGCGAAGCGCAGCUCCAGGAAUCCAGGGACGAGAAAAGAGAUGAAGCUUCCCCGCCCUUGCUAGACAUUGUGAGCAACAUGGUUACUCCAGGCAGUGUCCGGAACUUCAGUGAUCCAGUUUUGAUGGCCGCUCCAGCUCACGUCGAAACAUCAUACAAUGAACACAGGCCUCGCAAGCCUCCUCCGGAUUUGCCUUCGCUGCUACUAAACAGUCGAAUCGUCUACGUUGGCAUGCCACUUGUACCAGCGGUGACGGAACUUGUAAUAGCAGAGCUUCUAUACUUGCAAUAUUCAGAUCCGACACUUCCAAUUUACAUGUACAUAAACUCAACAGGAACUUCCAGGGCGGAUGGUGAGACGGUUGGGAUGGAAACCGAGGGCUUUGCCAUUCAUGACACCAUGCAGCUAGUGAAAAACGAGAUUCAUACAGUUGGCGUCGGUGCCGCAAUUGGUCAAGCGUGCUUGCUUCUUGCAGCGGGAACAAAGGGAAAGCGUUACAUGCUUCCUCAUGCCACAGCCAUGAUCCAGCAGCCUCGUAUGCCCUCAAUGGGACAAAUGCCUGCGAUUGACUUGCACUUAAGAGCCAAGGAGGUGAUUCAUAACAGGGAUACACUUGUGGAGCUACUGGCUGAACACACUGGAAACCCCGUAGAGAAGGUUGCAAAGGUGAUGCGAAGACCUUACUACAUGAGUCCUAAGAAGGCCAUGGAUUUUGGCGUCGUGGACAAGAUACUCUGGAGAGGACAAGAGGCCAUGGGAGAGACGCUCUCCCCCGAGCAAUGGGACAAGCGAGCAGGAAUUCGUGCAGUGGAGCGUCCCAUGACUUACGGUGCUGGAACAAGCGGUCUCGGUUAGUCCCUCGAGAAAUAAAUUGGGUUGUGUGUACACUUUACAGUUUAAUCGGCAAAAAAGAAAAGAAAAAGUAUACAAAGUGGACGAUCUAUCAGGGCGGUGGGUCUUGUACGGCCGGUGGAAGGCCUCAUAACAUAUCAACAGCGCUUGUUCGUUCUAUGAUUGCGGCCAACCAAACGAUUGCGAGAGAUCUUCCGGUGAGACCAUGUGAUCUUGAGAAGUUUAUGUUGGAAGAAUUGCAGUGCUGGGCAAAUGCUAUAAACUUUAGCAAAGGCUUUAAAAAAACUUGGAGAGAUGGCCCCAGAGAGGAGGAGAAUAUACUUGUCUCACGCUAGGCUGGGUUAAUAUACUUUUGACUGUCUUCA